GUCACGUGAAUGUCUAGGCCCGCCUCCUCUCUUCCUCCCUCCCUCAUUUCCCUUUUAAAGAACCUUUUGAUCUCUGCUCCUUAGGCCAUUUUACACACAUUACCAGUUUCUGUACACUUCCCUCUCCACUCCUCAAUCUCAGACCUAUAAUUCUUCCAUUGGAUCCUAUAAUCAAGAAAAAUUGUUCAUUUAGUCUUUCUGUCCCACCCCCACCUCACGAAAAAAAAAUCAGUCUAAAUGAAUCCAAUUAACCUGAACUCAUCACCUUUUGUUCUUGAGCCAAACGAAGAACUCGAUGAUCAAAAUCCUCCGCAAUUUGGUGUGAACCAUCAUAUUGCUUCAUCAUCUUCACACUCAUGCCAUUAUUUCUUCAAUUCGACUCAAGAUUACGCGAAAUACUAUCGCCAUGAAUUAUACCAGCCUCAGCAGCAUCAAGAGGAUUUUAGUUACGCCUAUGGCGGUGGAUCAUACGAUGUUGAGAAUAAAGUUGACAGUGGUCUUAAAUUAACUCUGUGGAAGAAACUAGAUCCAUCUGAAAGUGUAUUGGAGAAUAAUAAUAAUCCAGUUAAGUGGAUGUCGUCGAAGAUGAGAUUGAUGCACAAGAUGAAGAAUUCGGAUCAUGCUGGUCUAAAAAUAACUAGUGGUGGUACAGAAAAGUAUGAAAAUCAUCAGAAGCAGCCAUCCUCAUCUUUGGAAACUGAUUUAAGCAGCAACAGUAUUUCAAAUAAUAAUAGCCCUAUUAGGGUUUGUACUGAUUGUAACACAACCAAGACCCCCCUUUGGAGAAGUGGUCCCAAAGGCCCUAAGUCUCUUUGCAACGCCUGUGGAAUUAGGCAAAGAAAGGCGAGGCAAGCAAUGGCUGCAGCAGCUGCUGCUGAUGCUAAUGGGACAGCCAUUACGACUAAACUAUCGCCAAUGAAGAUCAAGGUGCACCAUAAAGACAAGACUAGCAAAAGUGGACAUGCUACACAACUCAAGAAGCGUUGCAAAAUUACUUCUGGACCAUCCAAUGAUACGAAGAAACUCGGCCUAGAAGAUUUCUUGAUAAAUUUGAGUAAGAAUUUGGCCUUAAAUCGAGUAUUUCCACAAGAUGAGAAAGACGCUGCGAUCCUGCUAAUGGCUUUAUCUUCUGGUCUUGUCCAUGGUUGAUUCAAUUUCUACAAAAAUGGGUGUGUUUUCUUGAUUUAGCUAGAAGUACUAUGAUUAAUUAGUAUUAGAAGCGCAAAUGAUUGAGAAUGAGUGAGAUUAUAUUGUCAUAAUUUAAUGAGAAAAGCAUAAUAAAUUUGUGUGGCGAUCUUGUAAACCUUUUGAUGGAUUUGGACAAGUUGAU